AGCUCUCUACUAUUGAAGGAGAAAAAAACGCAUAUGGUAGCGGCGGCCUCCUUCGAUUUAGCAAGUCCAGCAGUGCGCUACACACGACGUCAUCGUCAAUGGCGACGAAGUCGCGUAAAAAAUACGGAAAAAAAUGUAUGAGUAUGGGACAAUCUACACUGACCGAAUGGCGAGCUGUUUGGUUGGUUGGCUGGCUGACUGGCUGUGGCUGGCUGGUAUUCAGUUCAAGAGAGUGUCAGUUUCAGUUCAAUAUCGGUCGUGAAUAGAAAUAGACAAAAACGGAGCGGCGCGUGCUGUGUCUCUCCAGGGUUGCGACGAGAAAGAACAAUAACAUCAGAGUAGUCUUUGCUGGAACAACAGACGUUUAAUUGUUGGAUGAAAAGCGACAGCGUUAUUGUUGAGCACGGGGGAAGGGUAACCCUGCAGGUGUUACUGGCGGGGGCGCGCGCGCGCGUGUGUGUGUUUGUAUUAAGGUUUCGUGUAUGCGUGUAAAUGUCAAGUUUUUCACGGUCGGUUGAACGUUUGGUGACGUAUUUUUCACCGUACGCGUGGUUAAGCUUUUCCAUCUUCCCCGAGUGAUCCGUCGAAUCGCAGUCGUUCUUUCGUUUUUUGACACGUUGACAAGGAGAUGGAUUCUCAGCUGCUGGAGCUGUUUCUAAGAUGAUAAGAAAGUCCAACCUAAAAACCCGACUUUUCAAGUUUUAGCAAUGAAGUUCCCCCAAACCAAUGCUAAAUAAUAAUAAAGCAAAUUAAGCGAAAGAUUUAUGCAUUCUAACCAUUCCGAAACGUAGCUUGAAGUCUCGAAAAAAAAAUUGGAAGCAAAUGGUGACAGUGUGUGAGUGCGUUGAAUUUCUACUACUACUACUACUACUACUACUACCACUACUAUCGCGAUCAUCUCGAUUGCUACGACUACGACUACAUGAGCAGUUUCAGCGGUAAAACGAAACAUCAAACUAAUCCGUCAACGUCAAUUGUAUCUGUGUAAGUCGUCAUCAGGCAAUCGUCGGAAAACGUCAAAUCGGAUUCGUCCAGGCGGCAAUGAUCGUCGCUAAAAUACCACUACUAAUAUAGAUCGUUCACAAAAACAACCUCGAUUCAUCCCUUCGAUUCAUCAUCGAAACACCAAAGCGCGUUCCGGAAGCAUUUGAAUGUCAUUGAGUUGUAUCUAGGUCACACGUUUUGAAGUCUCUACCAAACCGCCACACACCUAAAACAAAAACAAGAAGAAGUGCAAUUAUAGUGUUUUUAUAAAGCGAGAACAUCUAAGCCCUACUAAUACAAACAAACAAAAGAUUGCAAAACUAACGUUAUCUACUUCACCCCGACCGGCUCUUACCAUCAUUCGCCGUCACGUCACGCGUCUCCACCUUCUCAAGGUUUUACCACAAAGGAUUCCCAAUGUUAAAUAGCCAACAGCAAUCGCCGGCAGCCUCACAGCAGCAACAGCACCAACAUCAGUCACUUCACACGCCGAGUGGUCACUCGCCAGAUCGAACCGGCAGCAACAGCCAUAGCUAUUUCAUCUUCGAUGACCUAAGUUCGGCCCUGGCUGCCGAACGGAGCAAUCCGAAGAGUAGUGCCCAAAACUUGGUCCUGGCGGCCGCCGGCAAUAAUGAGAGUGUCAUUGCCAAGAUCAAUCAGAUCAACAGUACCCAUCACAGUGCGAACGCGGCAAGUGCUCGGGCUGGAUCCGGUACCGGGCUAUCCUCGCCAUCAUCCGCCACCGGAGGUGCAUCCUCGCAAACCUCCGUUUCAUCCGUAUCUUCAUCCAGCGGUACAGGAGGAGGAACCAUGUCCCAGCAGCACCAUCAAAUCAUGUCCGCACUGGCACAGCAAAAAUCACCCUUCAGUCAGCGAUAUUCGUAUGGCAACACUGUCGGUACCAACACUAGUGGUGCUAGCACUAUCAACAGUGCUGCCAGUCAAGCAUUCCAGAGUCAGCAGACUUCGUUCGCGCAGUUCGGAGCCUACGGGCAAUCGCAGUCUAGCACGCUGCUCCAACAAUCUCAGCAAGCAUCCUCUCUGCAACAGAAGACUGGUUUCGGUAAGUUCCCAGAUGCCUUCUCCGAUGGCCUUCGCCACGCCGAGAUGAUUUCACAUUUCAAUCAACAAUCUAACUCACCGAUCAUUUCAUCAGCAACCGGAACUACAAACACUACGACCACAACCAAUGGCGGCAGUGCAGCCAACAACGUUGAUAACUAUCACUUUAAAACACUGGUCCCGUCGGUGGCCGCCGGGGCUAUCAUCGGCAAGGGAGGCGAAACUAUUGCCUCCUUGCAGAAGGAUGCUGGAGCGCGUGUGAAAAUGUCCAAGGCACAUGACUUCUAUCCGGGAACAUCCGAACGCGUCUGUCUCAUUAGCGGCACAGUCGAUGGUAUAUUGACUGUGCUCGAUUUUAUCAUUGAUAAGAUUCGCGAGAAGCCCGACAUGACCAAGCCAUUAACCGAUAUCGACGCCAAGCAGGCGGCCGAGCGCGACAAGCAGAUCAAGAUACUGGUCCCGAACUCGACGGCCGGUAUGAUCAUCGGCAAAGCCGGGGCCUACAUCAAACAGAUCAAGGAGGAUUCGGGCUCGUACGUACAAAUAUCGCAAAAGCCGAAAGAACUCACGCUACAGGAGCGUUGCAUUACCAUAAUCGGCGAGAAGGACAACAACAAGAUUGCAUGCAAAAUGAUCCUGGCUAAGAUCGUCGAAGAUCCCUCAUCCGGUUCAUGCUUGAACGUAUCAUACGCAGACAUCAACGGACCGGUGGCCAAUUUCAACCCCACUGGUUCGCCAUUUGCCGCAUCACAGAAUCCCACUUUUAGCUCCAGUACCGCAUCAUUAAAUUCCACACUGGGCGGCGCUAUGCCCGGGGCUUCCGCGACCGGUUUACUGGUCAACGGCACCGGAUUGAAUCUGUCAUUAAAUCUAGGUGCACCUUCACCACAAACUAAUCCUACAGUUACCACACAAUUGCUUGAACAUAUUAAGGGUGCCAUGAGACAGUCCGGUUACUCCGACACGGCCACAAAUGAGGUACACGCUGCACUGUCCGUCCUCGCCAAGUACGGAGUGCUGGGUAUCGGUGUCGGUCUCCAAAACGGAACCCACACAGCCCCGUUGAGCUUCCUCGGUGUGCAAGAGUUGCAGCAGUCCUCGGCCGCAGCAGCAGCCGCCUCUGCAGCCAACAGUGUAUACGGAGCGGUGGGACAGCUGAAUCUGGAUUCGUAUCUUCACGGUGCUGGCACCGCGACACCUCGUACAUCCCUGGAACGCUACGACGCUACCUUCGAUCCGUUUCGGCAUCCGGGAACGCAGGCCGCCACACCGAUCUCCAUUAACAAUAAUGCCUUCGGGUUAACUAGUGCCAAUGCGCUAAAUGCGGCCGCCGCCGCCCAAUCGCUCGGAUCGCUCAGUAAGAGCCCAACACCGGCCGAGAUGAGCACCAGCAAGGAGAAGAACGUGGAGAUCCCCGAGGUGAUCGUUGGUGCUAUUCUAGGUCCCGCCGGUCGCAGCCUGGUUGAGAUUCAGCACCUGUCCGGUGCCAACAUUCAGAUCUCCAAGAAGGGUAUCUUUGCACCGGGCACUCGCAACCGCAUCGUCACCAUUACCGGUGCUCCGAAUGCCAUUAACGUUGCUCACUACCUGAUCGAGCAGCGGAUCCAGGAGGAGGAAGCAAAACGGGCCAUCCAAACGAGUACGGGAGCGGUUGGCAAAACCGGCCCGACCGUGGCCGCCGUUACACAGUAAACAGACCUACAUGCAGAAACAAAAAAAAACAUACACACGUACAUCAGGACAUGUACACGCGCAUUCUACACACAUCCAGACAGCCCCAAACCGUUUAAAGCAUGUGUGUGUGUGAUUGUAUUGGUUAGGUAUGUAACAACCGGAAAAUUUAGAAAGGAAAGAGAACGCAUAUGAAAUAAUAAUUAUAUUUCAAGUAAUUGUUAUUUUAGUAGGUAAUUAAAGAUUGAGAAGGAAAACUUUUAACUAAGUUUAGAGGAAAAGGAGGAAAACAACUAAACAAUAUAUGAUAGAUAAGUGAGGAACACAUACACACACAUUAUAGUCAGAAACGAAAUACAGACAUCAUAGCAACCUCACAUCUAAGCGAAUAGAUAAGUCCACGCGUUACACUGUUGUACGGGAUACAGCUCCGCACCAUCGUACUAACUUUUUGUUUCCAUUUAUAUCUGCUCAUUCAGUUAUUUUUUUUUUUUUUUUUGGAGUUCAUUUACAAUUUUUCUGUUUAGCUCUGUUUUUAUUUCGCUUAAUUUAAGAGAUGUUUUUAUUUAAGUGUUCAUAUUUCAUAUUAUGGGCCAGGCCUAAAGAUUUUUUAGCUGUUAGCAAAAUUGAUUGCGUAAACCGCGAAAAGCAUAUACAUCUUAGAUAGUACGUUUUUUCGAUUUCUGUGCGGGUAGAACUUGACUAGGAAUAAAAGUGCCCUGUACAAUAUAAGCACACACAUAUACGCAGACAAGCAGGAUUGAAUUUGGUUUUCAUUUCCUAGUUUGAUCGUCUCAUUUUGUCGUUAGUAGUGUCCCAGCAAAGCAUUGUUGAAUGUUAGCACACAAACAUACACAUACAUAAAUAAACACCCACACAAUCACACAGCGGAAGCUUGCAAUGUUGAUAUACAAAAAAAAAACCAUUGCGGAGAUGUGCAUAUAUACAUGUUGAAACGCAGUCAUAGUAUGUAAAGAAAAAGGUAGUAGAAAAGUAGGUAAUUGCGAAAGGGUAAAAUUUAACCAUUUUUACUAGUUAACGGUUAAUUUAGUGGACCUAAAGAGAAACAUUAUAUUUAACCUAUGAAGCGAAAGAUUUUAAAUUCUUCCUCCUUUCGUUUUUAUAAUUGUAACAAACGAAGAUUUGUUCAAACAAUUGUUGAUAUCCAUUUUUUUUCUUUUAUAUAUUUUAAUAAUCCACUACAUGAAACAAAAAAGGAACAUGUGCAAAGCUAUAACUUUAACUUGUUUUAGUGUUUAAAUGCAUCUGUUAUUCUUAAACCAAAAAGACGUUUAUUCUUCUUAAACCAUUUUACAGUUGCUAGUUUUAAAAACAACACACACACACAUACAUCCGCUAGAUUACAGCAUAAACACCACACGCUAUCUAAUCUCUAUUAUAAUUUCUCCGUUCGUGAACUAUUUAUAGCAAACCACAUCACUCGAUGGAAAAAAUGGAACACAUACAUUACAUGCACAUUUAUCGCAGCACACACACACAAACUCACAUCAGUUACCGAAAGUUAUACGUCACAUGCUACGCAGACAGACAAACGCGUCUACUAGCAAGCAAACGCGUUCGUUUGAAAUUUGUUGUCAUCAGUUUACAGGGUUGUUAUGGGGAGCGUCUCGUGUGAUUCUCAGUUCAAGUGUCACUCUAAAGUAAGAUUCCGUUUUGAAUAGCAAUAUGUGUUCAACCAGCGAAUUACGACUGUACUCUCAAUUAAAAUUUUUGAUACUUUGGCCAUCGCUUAUUUUAUAGAUAAGCUUUUGAGAAACUGUGGUAAUUUAAUUGCAAUCUAUUUGAGUUUGUGUGAAGCCAUAAUAAGCCAACAACUAGAAAAAAAACAUGAAUAACCACUUACUGCGGCUGUUGAAUAGUUUUUGGAGUAAUAGAAAGCAAAUGAGCAAGUUCUAUAAUUUCUUUUCACUUCUUUCGAUGGAAUAAUUAAGAGUAUGCCGUAGGAUAGUGUGUUGGAGCCCUUAUUGGUUAUAUUUUACGUCAAUAACAUCAGCAGGUGUUUAGACGCAUGAAAAAUUGUUUGUAGAUAACUCCAUAUUGUAUUGGUCUGGCGACAAAAUUGAGUAAGCUGUGGCUAAAGUAAAUGAAGAUUUGAAAGCUACCUGAAAUCAAAAAAGAAAUGGAUGGUCAUCACGAAAACGAAGCUGUAACCCGCAGGUACCUAGUCCUAUUCGCAGUCACAACACACCUUUAUACCUCGCGGCGAACAUCGUUAUCACAUGUCACUAAUUUUCCAAGAUAUUUAAUGUAGUCCACAAACUCGUACCGUACCUCAGUCAACUUGGAACCAACAUAGUUUGAUCUGUUUCGUUCUCUACCAGGUAGCAUGUACUUUGUCUUGCCAGUUUGUAGUUAUUCCCUUCAAAAAUCAUGAAAAGACCUCUUCCACUGCUCUGCGAUCGACUCCAAUGACGUUGAUGUCGUUGUAUUCUUUAUUGUAUGAGAUGGGACUUGAACAUUGUAAAGACCAGAUGAAAUUAUUAUUAUUAUUCCUACACGGAUUUUCGAUCGAACACUUUUCAUCUUGUUCCGUACAAGUGUUCAUCACAUUUUUAGAACGCCACUCCCAGUCUUUUUGAAGACCAACUUCACGUUCGAUGGGCCUAAGUUGAGGGCAGUUUGUUAGAUUGACAUCUUUCUCGGCGAAAUCUAUACCCUUCCGAGUUAUUUUGGUAUCCUGCUCCGACGAUAAAAAUCAGCAAAAAUAGAGGACUGCUUCAAAAUAAGACAGAAAUAAAAAAGGGCCACGAUUUCUGAAAUUUCAACGGGUGCUUCUCAUACAAAGGAAGCAACCACUCCAGCGGACGCUGGGAUGGAUAUAUCUCCGCAUUUUCAGUACCAGUAUUGUGAAAAUUUUGCCAUAAUUUCCAUACUUGAAUCAAUCUGUCCAAAUCGCUUACAUCGAAACCCUGCAACGUCAGUGUAAUAUUGUGGACCUGCAGGAUUUGUGAGGCCUCCUACACAUAGGUCUCGUCCCCCAUCUAAAUGCAUGCAUCGGGCUACCGAAAAUCUCGCGAAUACAAUAUCCACUUUGUUUGGUGAUUGUACGCUUUUUAUAGGCCCUCGGGUUUUUUCGUUUCUUGAUACGUUGAAUCAGUCCAACGCCAGUUCCCACUUUAUUAGUCAAAUCACGUAUCGACAUUGAUUUAUUCUUCCUAAUUAGAGAUAUCACUUUCUAGCGUCCGGGUUUUUUUGCAACAUCUGGCAGUCCAUCCAAAGAAUAGUGUUCUCCAAAGUUGUUAAUGGUGCAUUCAAUGUUCACGUGAUGAAUUCCAAAACGUCAUCUGGCUUUUCACUUAGUUAUGUUUCAAAACCUUAAUUUUCAUGUAAUUUUCAAAGUGCGACAGUUUGGAAAUAGAGAAACCGUAAAAAGGUAAACAAGUGAACGAUGUAAUUCAAACGCACAGCCUACGGUCAGAUGGAUCAACUAUGAUCUUAGCCUGUCAUUCUGACACCACAAAGGAAAAAAACGCACAGCUUGCUGUGAUACAGUCCUUAUAUAGAAAAUUGGCACAGCUGUUAAGUUCAUCAGCAUUAAAUACAUACAAGUCUUUAUUAUUCAAGAAAAUGGGCAAAUUCCAAAUGCUAGCCAUUCAAUUGGUACGACGGAAUCGAUCACGUAAAUGUACCCGUUGGACGGAGUUGAUCUACAAACGGGUGGUCGAAAUUGACAUCAACGAAGUUGACAGAUUGUUGUAAAUUAUAAGUUCAUUUCGUACGAAUGGUGCGAAAGGAUAACGCUUCCAGCCACGGUGAUAAGGACUGCACUGAAUGAUGCUCAGAUCGGACGAUGAAUGUCGCUGGAGGGCGACCAGUUACUUGUCAGAAGAAUUUGAAGAAGGAAGUAGAGUAACUCGGUUGUGGAAUUGGAAAAUGAGAAAACAAUGUUUUAUUAAAUUAAUUAUCUACUUUAAUUCUAGAUUUCAAGAAACGUAAACGAAUUUUUUUCACAAGUAUGCACAGCAAAGGAGUGGUAAGGGGCAAUGGAGCUGACGGCUGUUGUUGAAGAAUUAUAAGGACAAUACCAAGCUUGUAGGAAGAUUAUGUUCGAUGUUUAGUUGAAUGAGCAUUCCAAAAGUGCCCAGAAAAUAUAUUAUUUGUAUGAAUGCGAAUCGUUCGAAUUCUUUGUCCUGCUUUAAUCGUACUUUUUGCCAGGAACGCGUUCAGCAGGUGUCAAGCAAUGACAGAGAGAGAGAGUAAAAUUGAUAUGGAAGUAGAAGUACCGUCAGUGCAGAAUACCAAUAAAACAUUCAUAAUCGAUCGUUUUGAUAAAACUGUUACAAUCUGAAAGGAAAUACGUUUCCGCUUUUCGAUAUUGGGCUGCAGAUGAAUGGCGAUUUAUGUUUCGAUAACAACAGAUCUCUAUCACCAUUAGUUUUUUUGCUGCGAAGCAUUUCAAAUCACAAUUGAAUCGGUAACCGAAUUUGAAACGCACAAUCCAACAGUCGAAAUAAUUUCAUUGGAAUAAACCUUCGCUCUUGAAAUACGAAAAAAUAACAAGUAACUGGCGAAAUAGCUCUUUCUGGCACUGACAAAUAUUCAUAGUUGAAAAACUAACCGAUCUUUCGGCUCAACAUCAUGACAGUUUUGUCUUUUUCGCUUGAGGCCGAAGAUGGCUAAGUUUUGAACCUAACUGCUAUCGAAUCGUUUGUUUACGAAGCCAGUUUCGAACUUAGGUUAUGCGAAUCUAACCUAACCUGAAAUAUACUUACAAUUCGCUUACACCACCACCGUUCUGGGAAAACCAAACUCAGUUCCAUUGAAAACAUUGUUUAUAAGCAACUAAGCUGGGUUUGUUUUCAGGUUCCCAAGCGAAAAAGACAUUAGUGAACUGCAUCAGAUGGCGGCCUUGUCAAAAAAUAGGAUCCUUUUUCGGGCGUUUUCAUUCAGCGUCCACUUCGGUACUCUAUUUUUGCUUCCAAGUUCAUCCUCUACCGAUUCGUUGCAGUCUAACAUCAGUUCUUAAAUGUUCAAAAUUGGUUGGCUAAAAUUGACGAAUAUCAACUUCAUUUCACGUCAACGCAAUACUUCAAUCGGAUAAUUAGCACCAUUGGAUUUUUGCCAUGAAUCCCGGCUCUUGUGACUAAUAGUUUCCAUUUGCCGCGUGAACUACAAACAUAGCUGUGGUAACUUCCCUGACCGUAUGUCCAUCCUAGAGACCACACAUAGGUCCUUCUUCAACUUUCUGUGCGAUCGAUCGUUAUUUUAUGUUGUUUUUUCGUUCUCAGUUGUUGGGAAAGUGUCAUAAAUAGAAAUGAUAACAAACGGCUUGCUUUGAUCAGAUAACGUCGCCAGAUUCAAUCAUGUUCAAAUAUUGCAAAUCGUCCAGAGGAAUCGUUGGGUAGUCAAAGAUAAUUAUUUGAUAAGUUAAUUGUAUAGAACCGCCAUAUGUGAUGAUUAUUUUUAGACCGAUAGGUAAUGUAUACCUUUGGUUCGAUUUUCGUAAUGUAAAAGAAGUACUACAACUUUACUCAUUGGAUAAAUUUAAUCAAAAGGGCACAAAGGAUGUAAAAAUGACACAUUUAAUCAUGUCGUCUAGAAGUUGCUUAGAGGUCCCAUGUAAAAUUCAGAGAGUGGGAUGGCUUAGAAUGAACUUAAUUUUUAUCCGAUCUUUUGAUUACUUCGGUUGAUCAAAAGAUUGGGAAAACACCAAUCGCAGAAAAUGGAGUUAACUCAAUUAUAGAGUCCAACAAAUCUUCCUAAAUCGAUGUAAUAUUCGGAUUCUCGUUUUAAGAAUUCGUUCCAAAUUUUUGACUUCCUGUGAUUUUUCAUACUUUGAGAAAUUUUGUGUGAUACAUCUUAGACGUAAAUACGUCGAUUCGAUGCAUAAAUCAUUCACUAUCAAAAGACUUGAAUGAAUCGAUCAAUUUGCGUUAAACUACUCGAAAUCUUAAAGACGUUAGCGGAUAUUGAACCCGCGCUCCCGUAGCAACCCUGCAACUUAUAAAACAAAACAUACUUUUUUCUUUCCCAACACAGUUCAACAAUUAAAAAAAAACUAUAGACAAUUACCAUUAAACGUUAAUAAUCUAGUUUACGUUACGCGAUAAAAGCAAAUAAAAAUACACAACAGUGAUGUGAGAGAGAACACCCAAACAGAAACGCUCUGUGUUCGUGUAAAGUUGUUAGCCAAAAUAAAGAGUAUAAGCAAAGGAACGAAUUAAAUGGAAAAUAUACGGGAUUAAAAAAAAGAUUACCAACAGAAAAAAAAAUUAUCAAACUUGCAAUUAUUUUAGUUUUUAGUAUCAUUCAUCUAUCGCAUCGCCGCAAAUAGUUUUCCUGUUUAAUGAUCCGUCGAACAGAAUUGCCCUUUUGUGUGUGUUUUAGGGGACAUGUCAGGGACAAAACCGAUCCGGUCAGUGAGAGCAUUUGUAAUCUCGGUUUAUUCAGUUCAGACUACCAUUGUAAGAUCAGGCAAGAAUCACACAACACACAAUAAAAAGAAAAAUACGCGAGGAAAAAACAUAGAUGAUAGAUGAUAAGAGAAUAUUUUUAGGAGAUAGUUCAACUUAAAGUUUGUUUCGGGAUGAGUUAUAGGAGAUAUAAUACAAAAAGGAGACAGAUGAAAACAAUUCCGGAAGCCUACUUGCAACACAGAUAGUACAAUGUUACCAACAUUACUAGGACGCUGAACAUGUUCAGACCAUUCAGCGUAGGGGAAAAUUCUUUAGAUCAAUUCCCUUUGCCAUUCGUUUCUGAGGUUGAGUUCUGUACCCAUCGUAAUCCUCAUUAAUCAUUUUGACUACUAACCGACAAAACGUCGAAGCAUACCGAAGCAGUUGUUGAAGCUGGAAUCAACCGACCGUUCAAUACGCUUGGUGGGUAAGUUAAGUUGGUGAAUUGCCAUCCGAAAUAGAAAUAUAUAUAUAUGAUAACAGUUCUAGCUUUAGGUACACAGACAAAGUUACAUAUGUAUAGGCAGUGAAUCCAGAGGCAUACUAAAGAAUCCCCUCCCUUUGCAGAAACACAGUGACAAACCAUAGUAGUGAAAUAAAAUGAAAAAAAAACUGUUUGUAUUCAAAUUGAAAAAAAAAACGUUGUGAUGGUAGACAAUUCUAUUGCUGUUAUUCGUUGGAGUAUGAAGUACAUACCAUAGAGUUAGAAAACAGCAGAAAAUAGCUGAAUUUCUUAAAAGGGAAGAGUACUUGCGAAUAUAAAAUAAAAACAAUCAUUUUAAUUUUAAAAGCAAAACUAAUGAAACGAUUGGACUAGCAUCUCGUUUGAGUCAUAAAUAUCCUUCUAAUUCUGUUCAAUUUUGUUUCCCAAAAUCCCAUCAGCUUCCAGAGGUUGACGAAUUUUUUUUGUGUGUGGAUAUUUUCAUUUUCUUUUCGGAAAUAUUGGAAUGUGGCUAUGACUAAUAAAAACAAACUAGUGCUUAGUUUGUGUUAUAAUUUCUUUCGAAUUUUUUGUAUUUUUUCUCCUAAACUGCAGUUAUUCGCCAGCUUCCAGAAGGUUGAUAACAUGCUCUUUCAUAUGAAUGUUUUCGGAUACAUUGGAUACGGCUGAAACCUGAAAUUAAAAAGAAAAGCUUAGGUUAUUGUUUUACUUUCAAAUUUAUGGAAAUUAAAGUACCUAUACAUGUAGUAAUAAAGUCAAACAAAACAAACAAGUCAUUCAUUACAAACAAAAGAAAAACUAUUUAAACAACUAUGCAUGCAUAACCAUUACACAGAACAGAAUUAGGCCAUUUUAUAAAUUUUAUCCCAUAACGAGAGAAUUAAAUUAAAUAAACUACGUGUGCGAAUCCAGUCUAAGAGAAAAAAAAACAAAAUGUUAUUUCAACAAAGAGCAAAGUCUAGUAUCUCACUUUCAACUGUCCCGUUUUCUCCAGCGGUCGAGCCCGACUUGAAGCAAAAGUACUCGCAAAAUCGCCUGGAGCGAUCAAGGAACAUCGGCCAUAUUACCAGCAACAGAAAUGCAAACAAUGGGGAAAUUAUAUCACGGAAAAUCUAGAAGUAAUGUCAAAUCAAACUAGCAUGAUGAGAGUUAUGACAAACUGCAUUUGCAGGCAGAAAACUGUAUUUUUAUAGAAUGACUAACACGCCGAAUUCGUUUAUCAAAAAACCACUUUAAACUCUUUGUAUCCCUCUUUAUAAGAACCAGUAAGCAGCAACAAUAAAAAAAGCAAAAUUCUUAUAACUAUUUAUAUUCGUGAGACGGGAGUGGAACAAUGGUACAUGAGAAAUUAUUUUUAAAAUCAAGAUAUCAACGUGCGAAAGGUCGCGCGCUUCAUCCAGCCAAGUCAACCCGCUUGUCCCAUACUUAUCUCAUUGUUCUUCGACACCCAUGUCACAGUUUGCUUAGUCAGAGCGGGGAAGUCAAGAAAAAGCUAUUAUUAAAACAUAGACAAUACCUAGCGGAAGCAUAAAUAUUCCCUAAACUCGGCUUAUCCGGACUCGAUGCAGUUAAUUUCCCCCUGAACGCACGUUUUUGAGUAGGCGAGAUCAGUCUCGGAAUUUAUAGUUCCUUCAAGGAGUUAAACAACGUUGCAUUCUGUUGUUCUACUGUAGGCGAAAACGUAAAUUUUUAACAGUGCACCACUUUGCAAGCGAACCUGGGGAAUCCACUCUCGGAUAAAUAGUGAAAAUAUUGUAAUAAACGAAACAAACUUGCACUAUCUUCUCGAACAGUUAAUUAAACCAAUUAAAAAACUCUUCCUGUCAUCCCUUUCAUGUUGUUUUUUAAUCAUUAUAUCGAAUUAAAUAUAUUAAAACAAAAACAGUAAACAAAUAGAUAGUGUGAAAAUGUUUUUAGGAAUGGGAAGUAAAGUGUUGUUUAUCUUAGAAAUAAAACAAAUACAGACGAAAUCAGUUAGACAAGAAAUGUAAAAAAAAAAUCAAAUUUUUAGCAUGCUGCAACAAAGAUUCAUAGAAAUGCGAAUGAAAAAUCUUACUUAUAAGUGAAAAAACAAAAAAAGAAUAAUUACUAGAAAUAAUCAUAACACUUUAAACAGUUACCGUUCAGAACCCUUUCAAAAUACAACAGUAAAGUAAUAAAAUCACCAGCUCAUUUGUUUUCCUUCACAGCUCAUCACAUCCAUUCUGCUCAUAUAACCUCCUUCAGAACACCAGCUCACAUCGUUUCUAGCUUCAUUGCAAUUGCUCACGACAUUCCAUUCGUUUUCCGUUGGGUUCACCUCCUCUCAUUCUCGUGCCAAAACGCACGCAGCACUCACAUCGAUUUAAACUUAGCAUCUGUGGCUCUCAUAUAUCUUAGUUUUUCUCGUAUUUCAUCUCGUUAAAUUUGUAACACCAACACCGUGUAUCGCCCACCCUGAAUCACCUGUCGUUCUAGCUGGCACAUUCACACACAAACUCACAACCAAACAGUUAGACAAAAACACGUUGCAAAUGUAAUACUGGAAAAAAUCUCGACAAACAUAUGAUUACGGCCUAAAAGCCAACUGUCAAAAUCCACUUUGAAUGGAAAUUCCAGACAAACCGUUACGCGCCAAUCACAGAUGUUUAUAGUAACCAAAAGAGAAAAGUUUUCUCUUUCAUUAACCGUAUUGAACUGUGUUCGGCUAGUAACGGUUUGUUCGGAAUUUCCAUUCAAAGUGGAUUUUGACAGUUGGCUUUUAGGCCGUAAUCAUAUGUUUGUCGAGAAAUCAACUAAUUUACUAACAAAACAAAGCAAACCGCACUUCUGGAAGUCAGCAUUAACUACCCAAUUCAGCACACUUACAUACCUAACUAACAAAGCAGCACGGAAAAAUUGGACGCCCGUGACAAGAGAAACAACAAAGUAGAGGAGAGCGAAAAAAUAUGUCUAACAAAUAAAAAGAAAUUCGAUCCGUCAACAGCAAAUAAAAACAAACAAUUCAUAUUUAUACAUUACAAAUCAGACAUAUUUAGGCGGGCGGGCUAUUCACGGUUACAGAGAAGAGACUAAGAAAAAGAGUAUAAAAAAGAAAUAAAUCGCACUCGAGGCGCUGGGAAAUUAGUUCAAUUACAAUUAAAUUUAAAGUUAUAAUCGUAAAAGAUGACAAAACAAAACGAAACAAAAAAAAACCUAAAGCCGAAUGCAGGCCGAAAAGUCGAAGAAAAAGAAGAAACACAAAAACUGAUUAUUAACUAGUAAAACUAGACUAACAGAAACAAAAAAAAAAUUCGGUGUGGUUGGAAGUCGACGAAGGUGCAGCAAACGACUACUCGGAGCGGGGGGAAAAAUUCAGCCAAGCUGAAACCGGACAUGGUAGGAAAUGAGAUGACGGAACUGAUGCGGGGAUGGGGAAAUAAAUAAACAAAAAUCGAGCUAACGAUGUCGACAAAUGCGGAUAUGGCGUGGAAAACUUUGUUAAAUAAUGUUUAAUAUUUAAAUAUCAAAAAAAUAAAAAUAAAAAUUAUAUUGAAAAAUAAAAAAAUAUCAACAUAUG